AUGGCGCGAUCAAUACGCCUAUUUCUGAUCCGCCACGGAGAGACGGUUGACAACAUUGCCCAAGUAUAUGCAGGCAGUAGGGAUUCGGCCCUCACCAAUCAUGGCUACCAACAGGCCAUCCGUUUAGGCCUAUACCUCCAGUCCUCCGGGCUGACUUUCACCCACUUGUUCUCGUCGCACCUGCAGCGGGCUGUGAAAACAGCUGGCAAGAUACGCGAGGCUCAGUUGGCACCAGUAGGCGACAAUGGGACCGUGAGAGCGGCUCCCAAGGUUGUGCAGCUACCGGUGUUGGCGGAGAAAGAUUUCGGAUCGAUGGAGGGAAAGAAAUCCAACAGUCGUCCAUUUGAGACGAGUGCUUCUGGCAAGGACCAUCGUCGACAAGAGAAUACGCCUACGGCUGGUUUCGCGGACGCCGAAUCGAAAGAAAGUAUGGCACGUCGGGCAGAUGCCUUCAUCGAGGAAUACCUUUUGCCUCUGUUCGACGACUCUUCUAGCAACUUUACCCCUGUUAUUGCCAUCGUUUCGCACGGCAUCUUCCUCUCCACUCUAUGGAAGCGCAUACUGUUGCGUAUUCCGCGUCGGAAGGUAUGUCUGUCUCAUAGUAUUGAAGGGACGGUACGACAAUCGCUAGAGCGUCUGGGUGGCUGGUCAAAUACCGGCUAUCUUGAGUUGUACUUCACGAGGACGGAAGCCGAAUACCACAAGUCAAUCAUGGAGGCAACUACGAUGCCAAUCACAACAUCUCCAGAGUUGAUUACUGGAACUUCAACUGCGCCUCAAAAUCUUCGCAAUGGCCAUAUACCAAAAUCGAGAGCAGAAGGUGCCGUACAGCUGGUGAUUGGUGCCCCGCAAACCUCUAGGCCGCGUGGCCUACAAGGAUGGUCUACGUUCAUUCUCAGAGUCAACAGCAAGGAUCACCUACAAGGCCUUAAACGCACGCGUGGCGGUGUUGGUAGUUUACGUUACGACGCGUCACAGAGGUGCAUCGAUACCUUUUUCAAACGUCGUAAAGUCGAAUGA